AUGAACAGUUCCCUGGCUUUACCAAUCCAUUAUGCAGGAGGCUAUGAGCCCCAGGAUUCCAAGGAGUGGAAGGUGGUGAUCCCAGCCUUCUUAGGGGUGAUCUGCCUGGCUGGCUUUGCAGGGAAUGUGUGUGUCAUUGGGAUCCUACUGUACAACUCCAAGAAAGGGAAGCCGUCCAUGAUCCACUCCUUGAUCCUCAACCUCAGCCUGGCAGACCUUCUCCUCGUCCUCUUUGUUGUGCCCUUCAGGGCAGCGGCUUACUCCAGAGGAGCCUGGUACCUGGGGUGGUUUCUUUGCAAAACCUCCGACUGGUUCCGACACGCUUGCAUGACAGCCAAGAGCUUGACCAUCGCUGUGGUUGCCAAGACUUGCUUCAUGUAUGCAAAUAACCCGGCUAAGCAGGUGAGCAUCAAAUGGCACACCAUCUGCGUUGUGCUGCUGGCGAUUUGGCUGCUGGCCUUGGGAAUCCCGCUGCCUUUGUGGUUCUUCAGCAGCCUCUGGGAGCCAGAGGUAGGCUCUGCUUUGUGCAUCGUGAUCAUUCCAGCCCAUGCUCACGAGUUUAUGUCAGCCUUUGUCAAGCUUUAUCCCCUCCUGGUCUUUUGCACCCCCCUCACUUUUGCUUUCUUUUAUUUCUGGAGAGCUUAUGGCAGAUGCCAGCGGAGGGGUACCAAGACUCAGAACCUGAGGAACCAGAUCAGAUCCAGGUGCCUGACUAUGAUGCUUCUGAGUGUUACUGUCACCUCUGCCGUGAUGUGGCUUCCUGACUGGAUAUCUUGGCUGUGGGUCUGGCACCUGAAGAAGGGUGGGCCUGCUCCCCCACAAGGAUUCAUGGCCACUACCCAGGUCCUGAUGUUUGCCAUCUCUUCGGCCAACCCUCUCAUCUUUGUACUGAUGUCAGAAGAGUUCAGGGAGGGUUUCAAAGGCUUGUGGAAAAGGCUUACGCUGAAGAAACCGCUUCCUGCCCCAGAAGAUCAGGAGGAAACAGUGGUUGACAACACGGAGGAAGCCCCAGAUUCUGUUCCUUCUCCAGAGGUAGUGACUCCUGAUGAAGAAAAAGAGCCCCCCUCCGUCCCUCAAACCUCAGAAAGCAUGGAAAUCAAGAAGGAGAUGCCCAUUUUGCCAGAUGUUGAACAAUUCUGGCACGACAGGGAAGCAGUCCCUGAUGCUCAAGACAAUGACCCUAUUCCUUGGGAACAUGAAGGGCAAGAGACAGUAGGUUGUGAUCAACAGAACUGAAGUUAGAAAGCUGAUAUAUAUAUAUAUAUAAUCAUAAUUUUGUUGCUUACUUGGAGUAAUGCUGAACUGGGUAUACUACUUUAGUUUUACACCUUUGCAUGUGUGCUUGGGACUUAUCGACGUCUUCAGAAUUAAUGUAAUGAACAAAUGCAACUGUCAGUUAAUCAUUCCAGUUAUUCUGCUCUGAGAUUUUUAUUUCUCAUUUUACUUAAAAUGCAUGUCUUGUACUUUCAGAUGGUGAUUUCAGUUAAAAUUUCAGGAAGGAAAAAAUAGUAAUUUGGUUACAUUUGCAAAGUAAUUUUGCAUCAAGAAGUGAGCUGAAAUUGCAUGAGAUGACUAUAAAACAGAAGGGCUUUGUGCUUAUUUAUAAUACAUACUCUGUAUAUAGGUUUUGUAGGCACGCUUUGGGGUGAACAAUUAUGGCUUUGAACAGGUUUUGACCAAUUCAAAAAGAAGGGCAGAGCAAAAGGUGUAAUUUGGUUUUAACUAAUGAAGCAGUAUGCAUGACAGGUUCUCUCAUUAUUACACUUAAUAUGUAUUAAACAUGCUCAAAGAAAAUGUGGCUCAUGUUUUUCUGCUAACCGAUCAGCCUUCUUAAUGGGCUUGCCACUUCACACGAAUAACAGAAAUUAGCUUUAUAGUCUAAGUAUAGUGUUCCAAACCAGGUGUGUAGAAAUCUUCCAUUCCACUGUAUAGUCAUUUAGCAAUUAAUAUAACAUUUGUAUUUGGCAGCAAGGCAAGUUUUGAACAAGAGCCACUUACAUCAAAUGCACCAGGACCUUAUUAUGCAACCGGUAUAUAUAUUUUUCCAAAGCUUACAUCAUUUAUAUAUUACUUUAUCUCUCAAUUGUAGAUACAGUUGCAUGUUUCAUCUUCAUAUGAGGACUCACUCGCUCUCAUUUAAAAUACUGUUUUUGAAAAGAGCAAGUGAGUUACUGAUUGAGUUCUAUCAUCAGGUGUGGCUCAUAUCCACAGUUCUGGAAAUACAAUUUUUGUAUAUGCAGGACAGGAUUAGUCUUAUUUCAGUGCAAGGCAACAUGCAUUAACCAUCACAUAGCAAUACUGUUCACAACUGCUGAAGCACAUUUGUAUAUGAAAGGAAAAACUGGCUCCAGCAAACUAGCUUUUAAAACGUAAGUGCUAUUCAUCCUUAUAGGUUUUCUGAGUGCUUAAAGGUGGAACUGUACAUACAUACAUAAAAAGUUCAGGGGAUUAAAGUUACAGUUCAGAUCUUGCAGCUAUUCGAUGCCGAUGUAUUGAUGACAUUUUAAUUGGUACACAUCCCUCUGAAACGAACAGGGACACAACAACUGUUCCUGGAAACAUUUUAAAUGCAUAGAACUGUUAACAGGACUGGCCAAAGACAUUUCUGUUGCCUCUAGUGGCUACUACACUGUGAGAUUCAAUGUGUUUGCCUUAGGCUGCAUUAAUAGAACUGAGGGCAUUGGGGAGUAACAAUGUAUAUUGUGGAUAAAAUCCAGUGCUGCCUUUUCUGCUAGCAGAACAGAUGUUGAUCCAGGGGAGAGGGUCUUUUACCAUACAACGAAAAAGUAUUUUCACUGCUUCCCCUUUCCUCCUGCGGCUUCCUGAAAGUCUGUUCAGGAAGUUGGCAGGUCCUCCAGAAAAGUGUUAGGUGGCAAAGCAGGCUGAGUGGGAAGUGGCAGGAAUCACCUCCCCCUUUUACAUUAGCAGAUUAUUCCACUGGAUCAAAACCUGGAAAAGCAACACUGUGUUUUGCCAAAUAAGAGUUGUGCUUCUGUGACAUUGCAAAAUAUCCUGAGAUGCAGCUCUUGGAUCACGUGCUACUGUA